AUGCCUCCUCGUGAGAAAAGCUCACUCAAGCGGGGCCGGGCCACUGCCGACGCCGAUUCCCAGAAAAAGCCUCGGCGCUCGCAAAGAAUCUCGAGUCAAGUACUUUCGCAAGAGACACCGGUUGACCUGGAAUACCUGCCCACUCCUCUUACUGGCCCUGAUUCGACAAUUACGGACAAUCACAAAGACGAAACCGCAACACCUCCGGAAAGCCCUCGCAAAGGCCCAUCCCAGCCGGAAUUGUCAAACGCUGUCUCUUCGCCCCCAGGUGAUACCCAGGCGCUUUCACAGUUCGUCUAUCCGCCAAGAGCAUUUGUGGAUGAGGUAGAAGAUGAGGAUGCCGAAGGGGUCUGGGGCUACUUGCUACCACUCGACGAACAUGGCAAAGGUCCGCUCGUAUUGAAGAAGCGCAACCAAUGCGGAGAUGACACCAGUCUUGCCAAAGCCAAAUCUGGGAAGAAGAACGAGCUGUGCAAGUCGCCGGGUGGCUUCUUGGUUGGCCGUCACCCCGAGUGUGAUCGUGUCCUUGAAAUUCCUACCAUCUCCAAUCGGCAUUUCCUAAUUUUCGCCGAAAACAGAAAGGGCGACACGGUGGCCAUGCUAGAGGAUCUCUCCAGCAACGGAACCUUUGUCAAUGAGGCUCUUGUGGGCCGAAAUCAGAGCCGCGAAUUGGAAGACGGCGAUGAGAUAUCUAUCUUGAGCGAAGCCCGCUUUGUCUUCCGCUAUCCUCCCUCUCGAGAAACACACGGUUUCCGUCAGCAGUACCGUAUUAACCAGCAGCUCGGGAAAGGCCACUUCGCUACUGUCUACCUUUGUGCUGAGCGAUCCACGGGAACCAAGUAUGCUGUCAAGGUGUUUGAACGACGGGCUAGUGACUCGCAAAAGACCCAAGGUGAAGCUCUACAGCAAGAAAUUGCGGUUUUGAUGGGCGUCAACCACCCGAACUUGCUGUGUCUGAAGGACACAUUUGAUGACAACGAUGGUGCCUAUUUAGUCCUUGAGCUGGCACCUGAAGGCGAAUUGUUCAAUUGGAUUGUGACCAAUCAGAAAUUGAGCGAAGAUGAUGCCCGCCAUGUGUUCCGUCAGCUCUUUGAGGGACUAAAAUAUCUGCAUGAACGCGGAAUUGUUCAUCGAGAUAUCAAGCCGGAGAACAUCCUACUCGCGGACAAGAACUUGAGCGUGAAGCUGGGUGACUUUGGGUUGGCGAAGAUCAUUGGAGAGGACUCAUUCACCACUACACUGUGCGGCACACCAAGCUAUGUUGCUCCCGAGAUUUUGCAAGAAACUCGCCGUCGACGAUAUACCCAGGCUGUCGAUGUGUGGUCCCUUGGCGUUGUCCUAUACAUCUGCCUCUGUGGUUUCCCACCUUUCUCUGAUGAACUGAACACCCCGGGCAACCCAUACACGCUCGCACAGCAGAUCAAAAUGGGCAAAUUCGACUAUCCUUCUCCCUACUGGGACUCUGUCGGGGACCCCGCGCUGGACCUGAUUGACAGAAUGCUUACUGUGGAUAUUGAGAAGAGAAUCACCGUGGACCAAUGCCUAGAGCACCCUUGGAUGACCGGAAAAUACCCCAGUGUUACUGACAGCACCGAUGGUCUGACCGGUGCUUUGAGCAACCUGGACUUUUCGAAGCGCAAGGUGAAGCGAGAACGGACGUUGCUUAGCAGUGUCAACGAUGCUACCUACAGCGAACACACUCGAGGCAAUGAGGAGCCGUUUAAGGUGUUCAGCCAGAACGAGGCUGGCAAGCGCGUUCACAACCGGCCACCCAAGGACUCUCAACGCGAGGCCUCGCCGAGUGGCAACCGUGACCCGAAGGAUUUUAUCAACAUCGGAGAACGUGGUGAUCCCACCUUGUACGAUAAUUGA